CCCUCGAGGCCGCCGUCUCCCGCUCUUCCGAGAGGCUCCGCUUCCGACAAGCUUUGUGGGGAGCACCGCCUCAUGGCUUGCAAGCCGGAACGUGCGAGCGAGGCGCUGCCCGGGGGCUUGGGCCCGAUCCGUGCCCUGUAUGAGAAGCUGAGCCAGUUCCCUUGCGUAACAUACGCCAGCGUAGGAGUUGGCCAUGCUGGUUGUGGGGGCGCCGCGUGCCUGCCCCUCUACACGGAGUGGUGCCAACCUGACCUAGGGUGCUUUCAGCAGCUGCAGUUCAGUCGUCAGUAUAUCCUGCACCUUGAUGGCAGAGCAGUUGUCUCAGUUACUCCAGUCGGUGUGCCAGCUGAGAUCCGAGACCAACUGCUGAUCAGAAUGUCACCUACUGGGAGGCACAAGGCUGUUCUCACUCACCGCUUGGAAAUGGGGCAGAAACAAGAGGUGCUGGAGGUCUGGAGCAGCAGUGGGAGGGUGAGGUAUGUCAACCUCACAGCGCUGGAUAAGCAUGGCAGAGUAUACACAGACGGACAGUUUGGGUGUUUUGCGUGGUCCAGCUCAGAAAAACAGAUCCUGUAUGUUGCGGAGAGAAGACGCCCGAAAAGGCAACCGCUUUUCCCUCCAGAUAGGUCCCUCAAAGAAGGAGACAAACAAAGUGAAGCAAGAAAGGAGGGGCAGUUUGUGUACAAUGACAACUGGGGAGAGGCACUGGCUGAUAAGAGCGUUCCUGUCCUGUGCAUGCUGAACACUGAAACCUGUGAAGUCGCAGUGCUGGAGGGCAUCCCAGGGCACAUCUCCCCUGGGCAGGCCUUGUGGUCCCCAGAUGACAUGGGUAUAGUGUUUGUUGGCUGGUGGCAUGAGCCGUUCAGACUGGGAUUGCAUGCUUGCUCCAAUAGAAGGUCAGCCCUAUUUCUCUUGGACCUCUCCAAAGGUAGCUGUGAGCUGUUGUCAUCUGAUAACCAGGCUGUUUCCGCUCCCCGGCUCAGUCCUGACAGAACUCGCCUAGUAUAUUUGGAAGGGCCAGUAUUUGGGCCUCAUCGCCAGUGCCUGAAGCUACAGAUGCUGAACUGGCAAACAAAGCUUACAUCUACUGUGGUGGACACAGUGAGAACUGCCACAGCUGGUUUUUUUGGGAUCUACCAGGGAUCACUGCCCCUGCUUUGCUGGGCCAAGGACAGCAAAAGAGUCCUGAUUAGCACUCCUCAGAGGAGUAGGAAGGAGCUGCUGGUUGUGGAUACCACACUGGGGUGUGUGAAGACAAUUACAGCAGUGAACUACAGAGGCUCCCUGGGCUUCGGUCAGGCCAGCAUCGACUCACUCAUUUCCCAUGUGGGUGUGCAAGAUGUGGAGGACACUCAGCGGGCAGUGGAAUUGGCCUUGCAGAUGGAGCCUGUGGAUCCAAACAGAAUCGGUUUAUGGGGUGGCUCUCAUGGUGGCUUUAUCUGUUGCCAUUUGAUUGGCCAGUACCCAGAGAGGUACAAAGCCUGUGCAGUCAGAAGCCCUGUGAUCAACAUGGCCACUCUGCUUGGGACCUCUGACAUCCCUGACUGGCGGUACACAGCUCUUGGCCUGCCCUACUGCUUUGAGCGGAUUCCUACUGAAGAAGAUCUGGCUGCCAUGCUGCUCAGCUCCCCCAUAACUCAUGCUGCAAAGGUGCGAGCCCCAUUGCUGCUGUGUGUGGGUGCCAGGGACCGACGAGUGUCUCCAUACCAAGCUGUGGAAUACUAUCGCGUGCUGCGCGCCAGAGGCAUCCCUGUGCGCUUGCUGAGUUAUCCGGAGGAGGGUCAUGCCAUCAGUGGCGUGGAGGCCAAAGCAGAUGUCUUUAUGAACUGUGCACAAUGGAUCAUGCACUAUCUUUCUAUGGAAGCAAGCGCUGAAAGUCAGCAGCCAACUAAAAAUGCAGACGUCUAAAUCAUUGACAAGCAAAUGGUCUGUGGAAAGAUCAUGCUGCAUGAAGAUCACAGGAGAGAUCCAGCCGUCGUAAUAUCCUGAGAGAAGUUUCCUUCCCCCGUCCUCACUUCUAGGCGUACAGGCAGGUUCUUGGGGCUUAGAUGAUCCUUCCCAGGAGUGUCACUGGACUAUAUUCCUGAGUCCCUGAAGAAGCAAUCCUGUGGCCCCUAGACAUUGACUGAGGGGUCCUAGGAUGCUAAGGAUUUCCCCCUCUGAGGGUAGAGACAGGGUCCCCUUGCGGCUGGUGGAAAAGGAGCUGUGCUGGCAGCCAUCCCAAGUCUGGAGAAGCAAUCUUUGAGAAGCCAAAGGGGACUCUUGUGAUCAGGGAGGGGAGGAGCCUGGACACAGCAGGUUACGGGCUAUCCUGAGCUAUUUCAGACUCCUUCCUUCCCUUUCCAAAGCAAAAAACCUCAUCUGUCAAAAAAUUCAGGGUGGUAGGAUGGGGAAGCGAAGAUUGUUUCUGCCUGCGCUUCCAUUCUGCAUGGAUGACUGAAAGCCUCCAAGUUUAGGAGCUUGGGAUCUCUGAAGAUGCAGCUGAUCAGACCACACCCUAAGAGUGCAGAUAUUUCAAAAAACAAAUGGCGUGGGAUGCUCAUCAUCAUCAUAUAUACUAAUAACAAGCUCAUUUUCCUGGUCUGGAGCCUUAUGUAACCUGAAUGACACAAAAGAGGUGGAAGGCAGGCUUUCGGGGAAUUUCCUGAUUUGCAAAAGUAGAG